UUUUUCUCUCAAAAGUAGGAUUUAUUCAUAUGACACCGGAUUAUUUGUAAACAAUGUCGGUGCUCCGGCUUAUCGCACCGAAUUUGAAAUUUUUUACACAAAGUUUGAUAAAACCUCCAGACAUUCUCUGUAAAGCAGGCUAUGCUGCAGGAAAACUCAAAGGAAAGAUGAUGUCAGCAACACAGAAGAAAACACUUUUAGAAGUUGAAACUGAUCCUUAUAAAUUAUGUAACUUUGUUUGUGGGGCUAAUUAUUUUAAAGAAGGAGAAGAUCCCCCUAUUAAACCAGACAGUGAAUAUCCAGAAUGGUUGUUUUCAUUGCAUAUAGAUCGACAGCCACUAGAUCUAAGUGAAUUAAGUAAAGAUGACAUGUAUUACUGGAGACGAUUAAGAAGAAUAAAUAUGAGAAGGAAAAAUAAAGAAAUAAAAUAUGCAGGACAGAGAAGACCUAAACGAAUCUGGUGAAAAAAAUUGAUAUUGAAUGUUACAUCUGAAUAAAAUUAUAAAGGA